AUGACAGGUCACAGUAUGACCUUCACUAAUGAGCAUAACCCAUACCGUAUAUCAAGAUACCGAUUCAGGCGUGCUGUUAAGACGGUACUGAUACUUUUAAGAGUCAUAAGAACAAAUGAGAACACGUCAAGAAAUGAAGUUUUGUCAUGGGCUCAUCAUGAUGAAUUAACAACAAAGAGAAUAUAUGGACUCCAUGGUCUCAGCUUUGAUCCUGGCGACUAUGCAUGCAGAAAAGAGGAACGGCUUAGUAAUGAAGCAAUAACUAUACUCAGUAUGAACCCGGAGGAAAGAACAGAAGAACAAUGCAAGCUCGCUUUAUUGGCUUUAAACCAUACUGUAAAAGCCUUUGGAGAAUUUCCUAAAGCAAUGCAGAAAUCUCUGGUACGAGUUGGCUGGUAUGAGAAAUAUGAAGACAAGAGAGUCAUUAUUCGACAGGGCCAUGUUGCAGAUAAUUUUUACUUCAUUUUAUCAGGAAACGCUAUUGUUACUUUGAUGGAAACAGAUGAUGAAACAGAAGAUGAAGUAGUAAGAACUAAGGCUGUGCUGAAGAAAGGGAACAGUUUUGGGGAAUUGGCUUUGAUGCAUGGUUCCAGAAGAACUGCAACGGUGACGUGUAAAAGUGAAGUUGAACUGUUGGCAGUAUGGCGGGAAGAUUUUGUUGAUAUUUUUAUGCCCCAUACAUAUGAAAAGGAACCAGAGCAUAUAAAGUUUUUGAGAACUGUAACUUCGCUCAGUGGUUGGCCUAUUCACAAGCUACCUUACCACGAUCCGAAAAUAUGCUGUUUUACCUACUUUAGACGAGGCGUAUUACUUUGUCGGAACAGUAACAUGUCAGAAUGGAUUUACAUUAUCAAGUCGGGAAGUUGUCGAGUCCUAACAGAGCUGCAUGAUACAAAGCCAUUGUCUAAGUUUCAAUUUGAUAUGGUCAAAGUUCCACGUUUAGAUACAGUAAAAUCUCUUUCCAGACAAGACGAACUAACACAUUACAAAAAAAAGUCGACCAGAUGCUCAUCAGAGAAUAUAGUGAAGAUAUUAAGAGGGCCCUUAUGCGUGGAUAAGGCAAAUAUUGAUGAACACAAAAGAUAUCUUGAUGCGAUUUAUGAACUUCAUAAACAUAAACUUAAUAAUGGAAGUAGACAUAGAAAGAAUCUGAAUCAUCACAAAAAUGAGAGCGCUUGCAGCUCUGCCUCUGAUCGGUACACAAGUGUUUUUGUUCAUAUACAGACUUUAGGACCAAGGGACGUAUAUGGUCUAGAACAUAUAGCUUUUGGAAAGUUUUCAAAAACCACAAGCACAACAUUGGUAUCUGAUGGAGCGGAGUGUAUACUUAUUAGCAAGAAGUUUUUAAUGCAACAUCUUACAGACGAUGAAAUAAAGAAACUUCGAAAUAACAUACAACCUCUACCUUCUGAAGAGCAUCUUCAACAGAAACUACAAGACACUACAAACUGGUUGGCAUACAAAACACUUACAAUCAACAAUCAAGUUUUAAACAACAAGUUACGAAAUGAAUGUUUAGCAUGAUUAUUGUUUAAAACUUCAAACCGUACGAAUCGAUUCAGCUUAAACAUUUAAGUAACACAUUGAUUUAAAUGUGCUAUUGCAUAAACCUGGCAUAAAA